ACGUUCCUCAUCCGUCGAGUUUUUAGGUGUUUUAAGCGACAGAAACGUAAAAUAGUAAAAGCAGAAGCACCAGUAUGCGUUAGACCAGUCAAGCGUCUCAUUUGGGAAAAACCUUUGUGCUUAGGUUUACGACAUCGCGUAACACUUGGGAAUGAGUUCUGGAUAGAACAAGUCAACGGAUUUUCAAGGCUAGCCAAGCGAGCUAAGCUGACGAGGGACGCGUCGCCCUCAGGAAGGUUGACAAGACGCUGACUGCUGGACUGCUCCAUCCCUGACCCGCCUUCUCCGUUGCUGCUCUAUGGCUCACAGCCCCUGUGCCGGUGAGCAGCAGCACCGUGAGUAGUCGCCGCGUGGUGCCGACGUCAGCGCCGCUCAGCUGGGAGAAGCGCAACGCCCGCACCGCCGCCCUCUCCACCCCUGGCAGCACCUCCGCAGCAGCUGCAGUCAUGUCCAGCAUCACCAUCGACCCAGAGCACAAGCCUGGCGAGUUCGUCAUUAAGAGCCUAUUUGCCGAGUUUGCCGUACUUGCCGAGAAGAAGAUAGAGGUGGUCAUGGCCGAACCACUGGAGAAGCCCUUAUCCAGGUCCCUGCAGAGAGGGGAGGAUCCACAGUUUGAUCAGUUAAUAAGCUCUAUGAGCUCAAUAGCGGAACACUGUUUGCCCUCACUGUUGCGCACGCUGUUCGACUGGUACCGGAGACAGAGUGGCACAGAGGACGAGUCCUACGAAUACAGACCGAGAUCCAGCACCAAGUCCAAAGGAGAUGAACAGCACCGUGAUAAAGACUACCUACUGGAGAGGAGGGACUUAGCCAUAGACUUCAUCUUUUGUUUAGUUUCAGUGGAAGUUUUAAAACAGAUUCCUCUUCAUCCUGUGCCAGAUGCAUUAGUCCAUGAAGUCCUUAACCUGGCAUUUAAGCACUUUAAACACAAAGAGGGGUGCUCGGGCCCAAACACUGGUAACGUGCACAUCAUAGCAGAUCUGUUCGCAGAGGUUAUCGGAGUUCUCACCCAAUCCAAGUUCCAGGCUGUGCGCAAGAAGUUCAUCACAGAGCUGAAGGAGCUGCGUCAGAAGGAGCAGAGUCCUCACGUGGUACAGAGUAUCAUCAGUCUGAUCAUGGGCAUGAAGUUCUUCAGAGUCAAAAUGUACCCCGUCGAGGACUUCGAGGCGUCCUUCCAGUUCAUGCAGGAAUGCGCCCAGUAUUUUCUGGAAGUGAAAGACAAGGACAUAAAGCAUGCACUAGCCGGCCUGUUUGUGGAGAUCCUCAUUCCGGUCGCUGCCGCGGUAAAGAAUGAAGUGAAUGUGCCGUGCCUGAAGAACUUUGUCGAGAUGCUCUACCAGACUACCUUUGACCUCAGCUCCAGAAAGAAGCACUCGCUGGCACUCUAUCCUCUAGUCACGUGUCUGCUGUGUGUUAGUCAGAAGCAGUUUUUUCUCAGUAACUGGCACAUCUUCCUGCAGAAUUGUCUCUCGCAUCUAAAGAUGCAGUCAAACAACAGCAUCCGUAAGCAGAUCGAGACGCUGCAGAACAAAGAUCCCAAAAUGUCUCGUGUGGCCCUGGAGUCCCUAUACAGACUGCUUUGGGUUUAUAUCAUCAGGAUCAAGUGUGAGAGCAACACCACCACACAGAGCCGCCUCCUCAGCAUCGUCUCGGCACUUUUCCCCAAGGGCUCCCGCAGUGUGGUACCCAGGGACACGCCGCUCAACAUCUUUGUCAAGAUCAUCCAGUUCAUCGCUCAGGAGAGACUAGACUUCGCCAUGAAAGAGAUCAUCUAUGACCUGCUGUCGGUGGGCAAAUCGCAAAAGACCUUCGCCAUCAACCCAGAGAGAAUGAACAUCGGCUUGCGGGCAUUCCUGGUGAUCGCAGACAGCCUGCAGCAGCAGGAUGGGGAGCCUCCGAUGCCCACCACGGGGGUCACCCUGCCCUCAGGCAACACCUUACGGGUCAAAAAGAUCUUCCUGAACACCACGCUCACCGACGAGGAGGCAAAGGUCAUCGGGAUGUCUCUGUACUACCCUCAAGUGAGGAAGGCUCUAGAUAACAUCCUCAGACACCUGGAUAAGGAGGUGGGCCGAUCUAUGAGCAUGACCAGCGUACAGAUGUCCAACAAAGAGCCUGAGGACAUGAUCACUGGCGAGCGAAAGCCGAAGAUCGACCUGUUCCGCACGUGUGUGGCCGCCAUUCCCAGGCUCAUCCCCGACGGCAUGAGCAGACAGGACCUUAUAGAGCUCCUGGCCAAACUAACCAUCCACAUGGAUGAGGAGCUGCGUGGUCUGGCCUUCACCACGCUGCAGGCACUGAUGGUGGACUUCCCCGAGUGGAGGGAGGAUGUGCUGUCGGGCUUUGUGUACUUUGUGGUGCGUGAGGUGACGGAUGUUCACCCCACCCUGCUGGACAACGCCGUCAAGAUGCUGCUACAGCUCAUCAUCCAGUGGAAGCAGGCGGUGCAGAGCAGCAACCGCAGCCAAGAUGCACAGGGCUCUAACCGGAGUGGCUGUCUGUCUCUGGAGCGCCCCCUGGUGUUGAGUGUUCUGCAUGUGGUGGAGGGCCUGGCCUUGGUAGUGCUGUGCAGCUGCCGGCCGGCCACUCGUCGCCUCGCCGUCAACGUACUCAAAGAGGUCCGUGCACUGCACAACGCCCUCGGCAUUGCCAAGGGUGAUGAGGAGUUGGCUAUAGAUGUGAUGGACAGGGUGAGCGCUUCAGUUCUGGAAAGCUUUAUUCACCUUACUGGGGCUGACCAGACCAGCCUACUCUACUGUCCCAGUGGUAUAGACCUGCAGACACUGGCUGAGUGGAGCUCCUCCCCCAUUAGUCAUCAGUUUGAUGUAGUCAGCCCGUCCCACAUCUGGGUGUUUGCCCAUGUGACCCAGGGCCAGGACCCGUGGGUCAUCACCCUGUCCAGCUACCUGCGACAGGAGCACCUCCCCAAGCACUGCCCCACAGCUCUGGGCUACGCCUGGGUCUUUGCCUCCACCCGCCUUCAACUGCUCUCUCCGCAAGUCGACAUCAAUAGCCCCAUCAACGCUAAGAAGAUGAACAGUCUGAGCAGCAGCGGUGACUCCUACGUGGGCCUGUGGAGGAACUACCUCAUCCUCUGCUGCAGUUCCGCCACCUCCUCCUCGUCCUCCUCAUCCUCGGCCCCCGGCUCUGUCCGCUGCUCCCCACCAGAGACGCUGGCGUCCACCCCAGACAGCGGCUACAGCUACGACUCCAAGAUCAUUGGUGUUCCGUCCCCAUCCUCCUUGUUCAAGCACGUGGUUCCUAUGAUGCGCUCAGAGAGUAUGGACAUCACUGAGUCUCUCGUACUGGGUCUUGGCCGGACCAACCCUGUUGCCUUCAGAGAGCUCAUGGAGGAACUGAACCCAAUCAUUAAGGAGGCUUUAGAGAGAAGGCCAGAGAAUAUGAAGCGACGCAGAAGGCGCGAUAUUCUCAGAGUCCAGCUGGUCCGGAUCUUUGAGCUGUUGGCUGAUUCUGGAGUCAUCAGCCAGAUUGGGAGCGGGGGUCUGGACGGAGAGAGCCAGUCUCUGAACAGCACCUUGCUGGAAUAUGUAGAUCUGACUCGGCAGCUACUGGAAGCAGAAAAUGACAAGGAAUCAGACACACUCCGAGACAUCCGCUCACACUUCAGUGCCCUGGUGGCAAACAUCAUCCAGAACGUGCCAGUGCACCAGAGGAGGAGUAUUUUCCCACAGCAGUCUCUGAGACAUAGUCUCUUCAUGCUCUUCAGUCACUGGGCUGGACCCUUCAGUAUCAUGUUCACACCUCUGGACCGUUACAGCGACCGCAACAUGCAAAUCAACAGACACCAGUACUGUGCUCUUAAAGCCAUGUCUGCUGUGUUGUGUUGUGGUCCAGUCGCUGAUAACGUCGGUCUCUCGUCAGAUGGAUACCUCUACAAAUGGCUGGACAACAUCUUGGACUCACAGGACCGCAAGGUGCACCAGCUGGGCUGUGAGGCAGUCAUGCUGCUGUUGGAGUUGAACCCUGAGCAGAGCAACUUGCUGUUCUGGGCGGUGGACCGAUGUUACACAGGCUCCCGCAGGGUCGCCAGCGGGUGCUUCCGCGCCAUUGCCAACGUCUUCCACAGCAGGGAUUAUCAAUUUGACACAGUGGUGCUGCUGAACUUGAUUCUGUUUAAGGCUGCGGACUCGUCCAGAGAUAUCUAUGAGGUUGCUAUGCAGUUACUUCAGAUCUUGGAGCCAAAGCUGUUCCGGUACGCCCAUAAGCUGGAGAUCCAGCGUGCCGACGGUGUUCUGACCCCACCCUCCCCGUUGCCCCCCCUCUACUCCGUCUCCUACUACCAGCUGAGCGAAGAGCUGGCACGAACCUAUCCUGAGCUCACACUGCCCAUCUUCUCAGAGGUGAGUCAGAGGAUACAAACGGCACACCCUGGUGGUCGGCAGGUGAUGCUGCACUACCUGCUGCCCUGGAUGAACAACAUAGAGUUGGUGGACUUCAAGCCGUCGUCGCGGCGACAGGAGGAGCCCGAGGAGGAGGAGGAGGGGCGUGAGAUGAUGAUGGUGAACAGCCGUCGCUGGCUUAGGGGAGAGGGAUGGGGAUCACCCCAGGCAACCACCAUGGUCCUAAACAACCUCAUGUUCAUGACUGCCAAGUAUGGGGACGAGUUUGCGUGGUCGGAGAUUGAGAACGUGUGGACCACUCUGGCCGACAGCUGGCCCAAAAAUCUCAAGAUCAUCCUUCAUUUCCUCAUUAGCAUGUCCGGAGUGAACAGCGAACCGAGCCUCCUGCCUUAUGUGAAGCGUGUGGUAGUGUAUCUGGGCAGAGAUAAGACCAUGCAGCUCCUGGAGGAGCUGAUGUGUGAGCUGGAACACACUGACCCCGUGAGCUCAGCUGUCACUCAUAUGGACAACCCGCCCUACUACCGCAUCACGUCCUCUUAUAAAAUCCCCUCUGUCACAGGCACAUCAUCUAGCAGUAACACUAUGGUUCCCGGGCCAGAUGGUCACCACGACAACAAGCUCAAGGAUUCAAACAUAGAGGAUAAUUACGCUCAUCUGGAUAUUUACAGUGGGCUGAACAGCAAUCUGAACAGACAGCAUCAUCGCUUGGAGUCCCGCUACAGUAGCAGCUCAGGAGGAUCCUAUGAGGAGGAGAAGAGUGACUCUAUGCCGGUCUAUGCUAACUGGCGUCUGAAGGUUAUGGACCACAACCGUCCCGAGCCCCUCCCUUUCCCACCCACAGGAGGCUGCUGGUCCCCGCUGGUCGACCAUCUACCUGAAACCACCACACCUGGAGUCUCUCUUCACAGGUGUAACAUUGCAGUCAUCUUGCUCACUGACCUAAUUGUGGACCAUGGAGUCAAAGUGGAGUGGAGCGCCUAUCUGCAUCUUCUACUGCAUGCCAUUUUCAUUGGUUUUGACCACCAGCACCCGGAGGUCUAUGAGCACUGCAAGCGUCUUUUGCUUCACCUGCUGGUGGUCCAGGGAACCAACACCAGCGUCCAAUCACUGGCCUCUGUCCUGCUGCGUAACCGGGAGUUCCACGAGCCCAGAGUUCUGACUGUUAAACCCCCACCGCAGGAGUUCAACCUCACAGGCGUGGCAGAGCUGGUCCCCGACUACCAGCCGUCCCCCAUGACGGACUCGGGCCUGAGUUCCAGCUCCACGUCCUCCAGUAUCAGUCUGGGUGGCUCAGCCCUGCCCCACCUCCCACCGGCGCUGAUCGGGGAGGUGGAUCUGUCCCUCGAGCAGGACGAGAAGGUCAAACACCUCAUUGAGUUCAUCAGCUCCAGGAAGCGAGGUCCUCUGUGGAACCAUGAGGACAUGUCUCCCAAAAACCCCAACAUCAAGAGUGCUGAGCAGCUCAGCGUCUUCCUCAGACACGUCGUCACCGUGUUCAAACAGACGCAGUCAGGUGUUCAGAUCGACCAGCUGCUCAGCGAGGUGGCUCUCCACACCGCCCUGUCCUGCUCCUCCCGACACUACGCCGGACGCUCCUUCCAGAUCUUCAGGGCACUGAAGCAGCCGCUCACAGCCUCCACGCUGUUGGAUCUGCUCUCUCGCCUGGUGGAGACUGUAGGAGACCCUGGAGAGGAGGCCCAGGGCUUUGUGAUCGAGUUGCUGCUGACUCUGGAGGCUGGAAUAGACACUCUGGCUGACAGCAUGAAGAACUACGACCUGCUCACUGCACUAUCACAGGCUUCGACACACGACCCCGUUCUGGGCACCAAGUUUGCCAGCAACAGGAAGAGCACGGGCCAGCUGAACAUGAGCAGCGGCGGUCUGUUCCACGGGCACUACAGCCACGCUCGCAGCAGCUCGCUCCGUGCCAGUCUCGUGGGCAAGUACAAGGGAGACCGUCCCCGUAGCAACACGCUCGACGUGGCAGACCGCCUGAGCGGCAGCCACGGCAACCUGGCCCGGACGCGCAGCUUAUCCUCUCUGUGUGAGGGCGGAGUCCCGGGAGGCGGAGAAGGGGGAGGGGGGGAAGGAGGUGGUGGAGGAGGAGGGGGCGUGGCCGGCCUGGGAGAGUCGGGCCCCCCGGUGGACCCCACCAAUCUGCUGGCGACAGUGUUCUGGAUCGCGGCGUCACUGCUGGAGUCGGACUACGAGUUCGAGUACCUUCUGGCUCUGCGAUUGCUCAACAGGCUGCUGGCGCAGCUGCCCCUGGAGAGGUCCGAGAGCCGGGAGCACUUGGAGAGGGUGCUGGCCAAGCUGCGCUGGUACAACUUCCCUGGCCUGCUGCAGCUCUUCCUGAAGGGCUUCACCUCGGCCGCCACGCAGGAGCUCACCAUACACCUGCUCAGCAGGCUCAUCAGCGUCUCCCGCCACGCCCUCGUCGACCCCUCGCAGCUGGCAGGUUUCCCGCUGAACAUCCUGUGCCUGCUUCCGCACCUGAUCCAGCACUUCGACAGCCCCACGGUGUUCUGCAAGGAGACGGCCGAGCGCAUUGGCCGGGCGUGCGGCGAGGAGAAGUCAGCCACGCUCGCCAACCUGGCCCACAUGAUGAGCCUGUACUCCACACACAGCUACUCGCGCGACAGCACCAACUGGAUCAACGUCGUCUGUCGCUACCUACAUGACGCCUUCGCUGACAUCACUUUCAGCCUGGUCACCUACCUGGCUGAGCUGCUAGAGAAGGGACUACCCAGCAUGCAACAGUCUCUGCUGCACAUCAUCUACAGCCUGCUGAGUCAUAUCGACCUGUCAGCAGCCCCCGUCAAACAGUUCAACCUGGAGAUCAUGAAGAUCAUAGGCAAAUAUGUUCAGAGCCUGUACUGGAGGGAGGCCCAGAACAUUCUGAAGCUGGUGGUGUCCCGCUCCGCCAGCCUGGCAGUGCCUGACGAGAUGCAGCGCUCCAGCAGUGCCGAGUCGUCGGGCUCGCCCGAGAUCACCUUCACCCGUAUCUUCAACAACGCCUCCAAGGAGCUCCCUGGAAAAACACUAGACUUCCACUUUGACAUCUCUGAGACACCCAUUAUAGGGCACAAGUACGGAGACCAGCGCACUGCAGCAGGUCGUAACGGAAAACCACAGGUCAUCGCUGUGACGAGGAGCACCUCCUCAACGUCUUCCGGGUCAAACUCCAACGGCCUGGUGCCGGUCAGCUGGAAGAGACCCCAGCUCUCUCAGAGGAGGACGCGUGAGAAGCUGAUGAAUGUCCUUUCCCUGUGCGGACCAGAGUCUGGCCUACCUAAAAAUCCCUCAGUGGUGUUCUCCUCAAAUGAAGACCUAGACGCUGGGGACCAGCAGACCAGCCUUAUCUCCACUGUGGAGGAAGUGACACGCGAGGAGGAAGUGCAGGCAGAGGAUGCAGGAAGCGAGCAGCAGUUUGGCGUGUUCAAGGACUUUGACUUCCUGGAUGUGGAGUUGGAGGAUGCAGAGGAGUUGCAGGGCGAGAGCAUGGACAAUUUCAACUGGGGUGUCCGCCGCCGCUCCCUGGACAGCAUGGACAAGGGCGACACGCCAUCCCUGCAGGAGUGCCAAUACGCGGGCAGCAUGCCCAGCCUCAACCUCACCAACCAGGAGGACACCGACGAGUCGUCCGAGGAGGAGGUACUGAGCGCUAGCCAGAUUCUCACCCGCUCCAACCUCCUCAACAGUGACUCUGCCACAGAGGACGCCAUCUCCAACCACAUGGAUUCUCUACUACAAUCCCAAGAGUCUUCCAGCAGUGUCCUCACAGAGGAAGCCACACCCACCCCACCUCUGCCCCGACCCGACAGCCCUAUUCAUGAAACUACGCAUUCUGACAGCAAUAUCAGCCAGCUGCCUGAGGAUGUGAGCGGGACGGCGGUGGACGAACUCAGUAGCAGUGUGAGCGAGGACACUGGCUUCUGUAGUGCCCCACCUUUACCUUCCGACCGCCCCGAGCUGGGCGACCUUCCUGACUGCCUGGACCCCCAGGACCCCCAUGAUGACCUGGAGACAGUGCCCGCUCUGGCCCCAGCCUCGGACAGUCCGCCGGGGUGGCUGUGUGACGAGGAGACCGCGCUACCCCCCGACAGCGCCCCGGACUCUGUGUGUGACGAAGACGUGACCCUGGCAUUGAAGGAGCUGGAUGAGAGGUGUGAGGAGGAGGAGGCCGACUUCUCCGGCAUGUCAAGUCAGGAUGAGGCCGAUGCAGAUGGCUUCCCUGAGCUUCAGGGCUCUCCACCCCCGUCUCCGUUUCUGUCCGCUAUCCUAGCAGCAUUCCAGCCCAUCACCUACGAUGACGAAGAGGAUGCCUGGCGUUGCCACGUCAACCAGAUGCUGUCAGACACAGAUGGGUCAUGUGCAGUGUACACUUUCCACGUGUUCUCACGCCUCUUCCAGCACAUCCAGAAGAAGUUUGACUCCAUUACCCAUGCUUCAGUGCGUUUCCUUGGUGAUGGGCUCCAGCGAAUGGGAAACCAGUUCCUUAGCUCUCUGGAGGUCAUGACCUCGUGCUCCCAGUGUCCUACAGUAUUAUUGGAUGCAGAGACUCUGGUUUCUUGUGGUCUUUUGGAGACAUUGAAGUUCAGUGUCCUGGAGUUACAGGAGCACCUGGACACCUACAAUGUCAAAAGAGAAGCAGCAGAGCAGUGGUUAGAGAACUGCAGAAAAACGUUUGGUGAUAAAGACAGCAGUCAUCAGCCCACCACCCAAGCUCAGCAAAUGGAAAUUCUAGCAGAGCUGGAGCUGUGUCGGAGGUUGUACAAGCUUCACUUUCAGCUGCUCCUGCUCUUCCAGGCCUACUGUAAGCUGAUCAACAGGGUGGACACAAUCAAGAGAGAGGCUGAGGUAACAAACAUGUCAGAGGAAUUGGCCAUCUUGGAGAGCUGCUUGAAGGAGGCAGAGUUGGUGAGUGAUGGACAGGAGGGCAUGGGCGUGUCUGAGGCUGUGCAGUCCAGUACAGAGACAGCUAUCCACUCACUCAUUGAGAGUCUUCGAGCACGAGACUUCACUUCUGCACUUGCACAGGUCAAAGCCUUCAGGUGCUUGUGGCCCAGUGAUAUAUUUGGCAGUGAGACGGACGACGCUGUGCACACCCUGCUGCACAUAUACUUCCGGCACCAGACACUGGGCCAGACGGGCUGCCUGGCUGUGGUGGGGCCCAGCCGGGACCUGUCGCAGGCUAGUGCCCGCCUCAUGGAACUCAACCUGCAAAUCCGUGAGGCCCUGCACCGAGCCCAGGCUCUGCCCCCUGGACAAGCUCCCAGUCUAACGCCCACCCCCCAGACACAGAUCAACACCCACAGCACAGUCCUCAGCACGGGGCUGUGACCCUCACGGGAGUCCAGGCUGGGGAGAGGGUGCUAUUGGGAGGGUCAGGGUAAGAACAGGGGCAGUUGUGGAGACUUUUACCUUUAAAGGGCUAAAGGAUGUGUGUGAGGAUCAUACCGACUUUAAAAAAAAGAAAAACUCGAUACACAAAUUCCUUUUAUUGCCCCACUUCCCCUUUCCUCGCUGUCUCUGCGUCUGUUGUCAUUCUCUGACUUAACGCAGCGUGGCUGAUGCCGGCAGUGCCGUAGAGUGGCUUGGUGAAGGCCUGGGACCAUUUGGAGGAGAGAAACGGUGCCAACGAUGAUGCCAAACUGGAUGCUUUUUGCAGGGGGGGGAAACCCUAUGAUCUCUAGGGUGUCCAGAAAGUGACUAGUGGUUAUCUGCUCUGCAGGAAUCCUGGAGUGGCAUGGCUUGUAGCUGCAGAAAAAGCCUUUCCAUAGUGUAUGAGAACUGGCACAUUAGGACAGAAACUUCUACCACAUUUUACUCAUUAAAUACAAAAUAAGUACAAAAAAAAAAAUGAUUUCAGAAGCAUGCUUGAAUGAGAGAAGCACUGCAAGAAAUAUUUUUUUGAGAAAUGUAUUUUUAUUAGUGCUAACAAACCUAGGUUGUAAAUGUUAGGAUAUUUAAUGUAUAACUGCAAUGUGAGGGCUUGGCUCUCAGCCACUGUGUAAAAAAAGGGUCAUCUUGGUUAACUUUAACUUUAUUGACCUGCACUGGGGGGAAACUAGCUUUUAUUGGGUUGCUCUUACAACACCUUUACCCUGUAACAGUAGUGGUAGCUGUCUGUAGACAACCAUAGACUCACGAGAGUGCAUCUGUACGUGCGCGCCAGUGUGUGACUUACAUAUGCCAAUAUUUGCACACUCUCACAUUAAAAUGCACAACAAGUGCAAUCUAGCUGCAACUCAUUAUGGAAAUAACUUAUUGUACUCUGUAUAUAUUUUAGAAAAGUGUAUAGUGUAAAAGCAGUAUUUUUCCCUUGUACAUUUGUGUAAUGCACUGUUCUACCAGAAUAGAGUAUGAAACUAAAGCAAAAAAAAAAAAAAAAAAAA